UGAACCAUUAAUGACAAGAACAGGACUUUCAGACGCAGAUGUAAAACGCGGAGACUCCAGCUGUUCAUUGAUCGAGCACAUUCACGUACUUCUCACGGAAGGAUCUGCAAGUUAAACAAAAUUCAAUGGAAUACCAUCUGGCUUACACCCGAGCAAACUAUGAGCGUAUAACUGCUGUUGAAAACUCCUUUGGCGCCUUUGGGCAGCCCCUGAUGAAACCUGGACGAGUUCUUAUUGCAGAGGGUCGCCUGAUGAAGAUGUGCCGCCGCACCCACAAGCCCAAGAUGUUUUUCCUCUUCAAUGACAUUCUGGUUUAUGGCGGCAUUGUGAUGCACAGUUGCUGGUAUAGCCACCAGCAUAUCAUACCCUUGGAAGACAUCGUCAUAGAGAAUCAAGAGGACUGUCCAGAACUGCAAAACCAUUGGCUCAUCAGAACACCUCGAAAGUCAUUCUAUGUGUCUGCUGCCUCUUUGAGGGAGAAACAGGAAUGGAUAAUCCAUUUGGAAAAGUAUCGAGCUCAUCAGCUAACAAAAUCAGAUCGAGGGCCAUCUGGUAAUCUGGCUGCAAUCUGGAUCCCAGACAGAGCUUCCGAAAUCUGCAUGCGCUGCACAGACAAGUUUACGGUGACACAGCGAAGGCACCACUGCCGGCAAUGUGGCUUUAUUGUGUGCAAUGCCUGCUCCAAAUGCAGGUUUCUUAUUCCAACUAUUUCAUCGUCACCUGUGAGGGUCUGCAUUUUGUGCUUCAACAACUUACAAGAAGAGAAGGACAGGAAAGACAAAGGCAGGAACAGGUGGUCCGAUGACUUUGACUGUGCCAGGCCUACAUAUGAAGUCGCAAGUGAAGAUGAGACUGUGGAAAGAGUUGAAAGCAAGUGGGCUGGAUCACAAGGCCCAGCAUUACCUGUGGGACUGAAGAAGCACAAAAAGUGAAGCCAUCUCAAGCCUCCAGGGUGCACCUUUAAAUGUGAAAGUCAAUGUGAAGGACACUGUGAAGAAAACUUUAAUGUUUACACUAAAUGUCUCAUUGUUUGUCAUUUAUUUAUUAGAAAAUGUUUAAAUGGAUUCACAUAUAGCUGCUAUCUGAUAAUUGUUUUAUAACUACAGUAAUAUUUUGUAACCUCUGCAAAAUGUUUCAAAAUAAUAACAUUAAAUGAUGAUGUCUGACUUGUAGAAUUAUAGUUUACAUGGAAUGGAUUGCUUACCUCUCAUCAAUUUAUUUAUUUAUUAAAUAAAAUAUUUAAUAAUAUGUUUUUGUU